CUUUAUCCCUACCGCCCAGAUCCCUUCUUGGAUCUCUUCUAUCCAGAUCUCAACCACACAGUUUUGAGAUGGUUGGACUAUUGAACCGUUCCCGUGGCUUGGCGGAAGGUGUGGCGGUUAUGAUAUGCCCAGUGCUUCUCGCACUUGCUCUAAACAUAGUUGACCUCAAUGAUGAAGUCUACGGACAUGGAGUCCCCAUUGCCUUGAUUGCCAUGGCAGGCUUUACUUUGAUCACCGGCAUUUGCCCCUUCAUGGUGUGCUGCUUCUUACAAGGGUGCCCCAGAAGUAGCGUGAUUCUGGCAAUCACUUCGUCUGCUUGUCUCGUCAUGCUCGCCUGUUUCAUUGCACACUUCAUUAUCUUCAAAUCCAUUUUUAUCACCCUUGGAGUCAUCUGUGGAAUUUUCCUCAUGCUGCGAACCGUCUGCUACUACUACUACUACUUGUAUGAUAGACCAAAUGGCAAUGUUCCAGAACACACGGCCAUAAUGCAAAGCGUACUGGAUGAAUCACAUGAGUUCUUGACCGGCAUCACUGGAAUUCUUUUUCUGGGGUUCCAAGGUUUGACUCUUGAUGGUGACGUUCGGACAAUAAGUCGCAUGGGCGGGGAACCAAUGGGUUACAUCAGCUUCAUCUUCAUCACUCUAGGUGUGGGAUCAAUGCUCCUCACGAUGACCCCACCUAAAAGUUUUGGAGAGAGAAAAGUUGUGCGUCUGACUCUCCUCCUUGAUUGCUUCAUG